CCGAAACCAGCUCACACUGUCCGCCACAGCUAGAAGAGGAAAAAAAACACUGAAACCAGCUCAGAGUUUGUUAUUUAACAGCUGUCGUGAAUUUGUGUAUUUGUGCAUUAUUCAAAGCGUCGCUGCGCAUCACGGAGCUAAUUAGGAUUUCAGUAUAAAUAAGGCCGCAGACGGGACAGCUCGGCCUGUCCUGAAGAGAGCUGAAGGUAUAUAGAGGUUAUAACCCGUCACAGAGCUCCAGCUGCUCCACCAUGCACACACUGUGAGCUGCUCCACGGAUGGGACGCUGCUCGCUCCGGACCCACGGACACGUUUCUCUGGCGCACAAAGUAUCUGGCUUAAAGAUCCACCUUGGAGAUUUGAUGCUUUCUUUAUUUGCGGAGACUUUUUUAAAUGGCCCAACCUCGACAGACUGCUCUUUCUACCUUGGUGGGACGGUGAAGGCGUCUUUUUAAAUCUUUUUAAUGUUUUUUACCACCAUCCUGCAGCUCCAGCGGAGAACCACAUCUCUUCCCCGGGUUGUUUUGCUUUCCAAGCGGGGGAAGGCGAAGUGUUUGUGGGGUUUGAUUUUCUCCUGUGGUGUCUGUGUGGAGCGUGCCACACACCCACUCCACAACAACGACGGCUUUUGCUUGCAUCUUCCAGUGUUUCUUCUGUCAGCAAGUCCAGCAGAGCUGCAACUCUUCCAGUGCCAGCCCUGACACCAGCGAGGAGCCCUGCCCCACUGACAUGGUGAAGAUGACCAAGUCUAAAACGUUCCAGGCUUACCUGCCGAGCUGCCACCGCACCUACAGCUGCAUCCACUGCCGGGCGCACCUGGCCAACCACGACGAGCUCAUCUCAAAGUCAUUUCAAGGCAGUCAAGGAAGAGCCUAUCUGUUUAAUUCAGUGGUAAAUGUCGGCUGCGGGCCAGCUGAGGAGCGGGUUCUCCUCACAGGUUUACAUGCUGUGGCUGAUAUCUACUGUGAAAACUGUAAAACCACCCUGGGCUGGAAAUAUGAACACGCGUUUGAGAGCAGUCAAAAGUACAAAGAGGGAAAGUUCAUCAUCGAGCUGGCUCACAUGAUCAAAGACAACGGAUGGGAGUGACGCUGCUCCUUUCUUUUUUCAGACCUUGGAAUGAUCUUUAUUGAACUGCGUGGAGCGACGACCAUCCACCACCCUUCCCUCCCCGA